ACAGGCGAUCCAGGAAAACAAGAUUCGGGUCGUGCAUCAGAAAAAUGUCGGUGAAAUGAAGUUACUUCUGCACGUUGCACAAUGACUGACUGGUGACCCUUCCCCGCAGUCAGUUCACAUGUAUGUUAAUAUCACUCCAGUUACCUAACAGAUAGUGUCCUUGCAAAUCGAUCCCAAAGAAAGUGACAUUGGAUUCAUGGAGUCACUUGAAACUACUGCAGGGGUGAAAAGCUCCGCCGAGGGUCAGGACAGAAAUGUUGCACAGAAAAAAUGCACCUCAGAGGCAGUACAGACUAAAGGGAGUCCAUCAGUCGAACUGGAAGGCAAGGGGUGGCACCAACAACUGCAAGAAGGUCAGAGCAGAGACACGUGUUUUACAGAAAUGUCUGACUCAGGGAAAUCACUGCAAUUAGAACAUCAACACUCCCAAACCCAGUCCACAAGCCAUCAAGACUAUGAGGUGUCUUCAUAUCCACUACAGUCCACAAAACUGUUUUCCAGUGGCAGACAGAAAACUGCCGGUCACUUAGUUUCAGCACAGUCCCCGGGACCUGCAUCUCACAGGAAGUCUACCAGUUCACCUGAAGUCCAACAACAGUGCUCCCAUGCAGGGAUGGAUCUGCUGUCAGAGACUGUGUGUAAGGUGGAACAGAAACACCAAAAGCCUGGGAAGUAUGUUUGUGAUUACUGUGGAAGGGCAUGUGCCAAACCCAGCGUGCUUAAGAAACAUAUUCGCUCACACACUGGGGAACGGCCCUAUCCAUGUGUCCCCUGCGGAUUCUCCUUCAAAACCAAGAGUAAUUUAUACAAACACAGAAAGUCCCAUGCUCAUUUGGUCAAAGCUGGAACAGUGCCACUCUCAGAACUUGGUUCUUACAAUGCCAACACAGACCAGGGAUCUUUUGAAGGGGAAGGAGAGUUAUUCUCUGAUGCUGAACAAAGCACGGACACGGACGAGGACACUCUUAACGACCCGCUGCUGCUGCUGGAGUCUCCAGCGGAGGGAUCAGAUAACACUGCUGUAAAGGUACUAAAUCUCAUUGCUCAGAAAAAGGGAGCCACGUCAAUGUCAACUCAGGAUGGUUCAUCCCAGCCCCAAGAAAUCAAUGCACCUCCUGCCGCUGCCGAGGCUAGCCGUGCAAUUCAAUCUUGCACGAUCAAACAGAGGCUCGCACUUCGGCUGUCUGAAAAACGAAGCAGCGACUCCGACAACAAUCUGUCCCUCCCAAGUCAGUCCAGCAAGGGCAGCACGGACUCUGGCUACUUCUCGCGCUCCGAGAGUACCGAGCACCAGACGGGUCCUCCAAAUACUAAUGCGAAGUCCUAUCAAGAAAUUAUGUUUGGGAAGUGCUACAGGCCAAGCCCUAAACAGACAGCAGCUUUUGUGGCUUGCAGCACAGAGGCAAGUGAAUAUACCGGGAAACGCUCAGAGAAAGGUGUUUCCCGCGUUUUCACCCAAGAAAAAGACACUGUUGAGUCAAUCAAAAUAAACACAAAGUCAUUCACAAGGGAAGAGGUAAAAGAACCCCUUUUAGACACUGGCUCUGAUGUGGGGCCUCUAAUCAGAAGCAACUCAAUGCCAACAUCGUCAGCAGUGUGUCUCACUAUGCCUCAGGCCCUCAGAGGCAGCCAUUCAUUUGAUGAGAGAACAAGCACUGGGGGCAUGAGGAGACUCAGGCGACAAGCUGCUUUUGAACUCUCUGCACAUGAUGGCCACGCAGACACUGAUAGCCAUGGAAAGAUGAUCGAGAGUAGCAUUUCACCCUCAGGAUUGGAAAUGGAAAAUUACCCCUCCAUGGCAUCUAAUAUGAGCCAUCAGAGACAUGCAAUGGAACUGGCAACACGUAAGCGCCGGAAAGAGAAGAGGGAAGAGGAAGAUUUGCCAGGUCAAUAUGAGGGCCAUCAUGAACAGGGUGAAGACAUGUUUGAUUCAGGCAAGGACUAUGAUUCAAAACAAGCAGCAGCUGGUAUUAUGGCAUUAGGAAAAGGACAUUCUUCAAGUAUGCUAACACAGAUGGACAAGUGUGACAUGGACAUAUCAGUGAGCCUUGAAAUGUCUGGUCGAAAAACUUUAGGGAAUGUAAUUUCUGUUAUCCAGCACACAAACUCAAUAAACAGGCCUCACUCUGAACAGUCAGAAUCAUACAAGUACCAUGGGCAGAGACAGGAAAGUAUUUCUUCAUUUCAAGCCAUGGAGGCAAGUGAAUCAUAUGAGAUGGAAAUGAGUGAUAGUAGGCUGAGGCAAUCAUUUCAAAUGGGCCCCAAACUUGUGCGGCAGCCCAACAUACAAGUCCCAGAAAUUAGGGUCACAGUAGAGCCCGACAGUCCAGAAAAAGCUCCGGAGGUGCAGGUGAAGGAGCCAGAGAAGCACGUGGAGGAGUUUCAGUGGCCUCAAAGGAGUGAAACUUUAGCACAAUUCCCUCCAGAAAAGCUGCCUCCAAAGAAGAAAAGGCUACGCUUAGCUGAUAUCGAGCACUCCUCUGGUGAAUCCAGUUUUGAGUCUGCCUGCACCAGUCUCUCCCGCAGCCCGAGCCAAGACAGCAACUUAUCUUAUAGCUCCACCUUCUCCUUUGACAGGGAGGAGAGCUUGAAGUCAGUCUCUCCAGCUAGGCAGGAUGAAUUUGGCAAACCACUAGAGCUCUUAGCUGUGCCAGGGAGUGGGCACUCCCUCUCUGUGCUCAGCCAGCGUCAACAGCAUGAAAUGAGACGCUCCUCCUCAGAGCAGGCGCCGUGUAACUUGCGCAAGGAGUUCCCAGAGGUACGCAGCAUAUCAUUUGACUAUGGCAGUCUUUCUCCAACAUCCAAAGUUAGACACGUGGACAUCAGUGCUGGCCACUCGGCUGUGAGGGAGAGAAGGAGGGGCAACUUGGUGCGACAGGAGUCACUGAAUAUGGACACUGAGGCAACACAAGUCCCAUCACAAGUGUUUCCGCAUUACCUCAGCAGCACCUCCCCUCCAUUCACAUCAGCUGCUGUUCUGCCGCAGACUUUGCCAAUAUUUUCAACAGGGAAUACAUUUCCCCAGCUGUCACAUCCGAGCCUUUUAGUUCCUGUAAGAAUACAGACUUAUGUGCCAUCUUUUGGCAGUAUCACAUACACUUCAGUAUCACAGAUUUUGGACAAUCAGUAUGACAUUGUUAGUUCCACUACAUCCACUUCUCAGAAUCAAACUUCACGUUUGUCUGGAAAUCUUGAUUCUCACAAUGUAUUAGCUUAUGCCAGACCACCUUCGAUACACACCCUCAAUGUUGAAGCCCUUGAUUUGUCAUCAGCUAAGCUCAAGACAGGCAUUCCUCUCUCUCUGACCUCCAGAACUAUCUCAACCACUAACGCCUCCAGUGGUGGUGCAAACAAACGAAUGCUAUCCCCUGCCAGCAGCCUGGACCUCUUCAUGGAGGUCAAGCAGCAAAAACGUGUGAAGGAGGAAAGAAUGUUUGGGCAGAUUGUAGAGGAGCUGAGUGCUGUGGAGCUGGGGAAAUGUAAUUUGAGUGAAGAGAAGGGGCAUAGGUCAGAGAUGCAGGGUGCAUCCACACUUCAUACUCAGGAUGACUCACGUAGGAGUACAUUUAUCACACUUCAGCAAAAAGUGACAGAGGCCACUGACCACAGACUUGAGUCAGCAAUGGAAAGUAGCUCCCUGGAAACCAGCUCACCACUCUACUCCAUGAUAUCAGUCAGCAAAGUGAAAGAAGUUGGCAUGGAGAAACGAGUGCAGAUGGAUAUGGUGGCACAGCUGGGUAUCAGUCAAGACCUGAUCUCAGACUCAGAGCAUUCAAGACGGUUAUCUCAGUUUCCAAGUCUUCGCACGACAACAGGUGUGAGCUGGUGUUAUCUCAACUACACCAAGCCAAGCUGCUCUCACAGCAACGCCCCUUUCUCCUCUGUGUACGCCACCUGGUGUGUGAGUUCCCACAACCCGAACCCUCUGGAACUCAGUACUAGUACUGCUCUGGCUCUGCUGCAGUCCAAAAAGAAGGGAGACAAAGUUAUAUACACCAUUGCCGCCAUGUGUCAGCCUGGCACUGGGAAACUGGUUUCAUCCCUCAUCCUGUGGAGGCAGACCAUGGAACAGCUGCAGAGGAAACCAGAGCCCAAAGAGGUGGACGUCACCUACGGGAAGAAGGUGAAAGACGUCAGCUGCAGAGUGAAAACUACCAAGGAGGAGUGGAAAGAGAGGGAAACUUCCACAACCCAAACAGUACCCACACGCAUUAAGAUCUUUGAGGGAGGGUACAAGUCCAAUGAGGACUAUGUGUACGUCAGAGGCCGAGGCAGGGGGAAAUACAUUUGCGAGGAGUGUGGUAUUCGCUGUAAGAAGCCGAGCAUGCUGAAAAAACACAUCAGGACCCAUACAGACGUGAGGCCAUACAUUUGCAGAGUCUGCAACUUUGCUUUUAAAACUAAAGGAAACCUGACUAAACAUAUGAAGUCAAAGGCACACAUGAAGAAAUGUCUUGAACUGGGAGUGUCAGUUACGAUGGAUGAAACGGAGCUACAGGAACAUGUGGACGACAUCCAACAAGAGUCCAAAACAGAGGUGGUGAUCACAGCCAAACAUCAAUUCUCUGACGCGGAGGACUCUGACGGCAUGGAUGAAGAAGUUGAUGACAUCGAUGAAGAUGACGACGAGGACGAUGAAUAUGAGGGUGACUCAACGCCAAAGCUGCGUUCAAGAAGCACGAGUCCUCAGCCGUGUGGAGUUACCUCUUUGUCAGUCACAGCCACCGCCUCUGUCCACGGCUAUUCCCUCACCUCUCGGGGGACGGGCUUGGACCAUAGACCUGUCCUCACAACAGACCAGAGGGAAAAGUCAGUUGAUGAAGACUCUCUGACUAUGCUGUCUCCAGACCAGGCCAGCUUCCUGUUUGACCCCUACUCUUCUUGUCUGCUCUCUCCUGGUUGGGAGUCUCCCAUCAGGGAGCCCUCCCCUUCACGUCUGCGUUACCCGUCCCCGAGGCGAGAACUCUCCCCGCGAGGUCGCUCCUCUCCCAGAUGGGAUACCUCCCCGCUGAGACCUGGUUCGCCCGGCUUCACACCCAUUCAGCACCUCUCCCCAGUCUCAGUUGAACGACCCAUGUCUCCUGGUACAGAGCUGUCUGGAAAGCGAGAAUCGUCAGUCAGAGGCAGACAGAGAGUUGUGCUGAGGGCGGUUUCACCACGCAGAGGUUCGCAUCAACACAAAGGCAGCAGUGAUAAAACCAGACACCAGGCAAAGAUGGACAUGGCUCAACAACAAGGAGCCUUUGGAAUGGAAAUGGUAUGUAGCAAGAUGCGUUUUGCACCCACUUCAACUAUACCUCUGCCAAAUAGGGUUUUAGUAGUGUUUGUCAAUUAA